GUGACGAAAAGAAACUGUGUCGCUGAUAUGAUGAAGCGACAUCGGCUACCUCAUACACUCAAUCAAGCAGAAUGUUUACAAGAGCGCAAGUCAAAGCUGGAGAGCAUAGGUUGUCACCUGUUACUUGUCGAAUCUUGCGUCUGCGCAGUCGUUCCGUAGGGGAAGUCGCGUCGCCGCCCCACAUUCCAAUUGACGGCGCGGAAGAGAAAGUACGUUGACGCGAAAAGUGUGCGCAUAAGCCCCUUCGCGACAUGAGUGACGCGGAAAUUCUGGCUCUGACGGCCAACCUAGGGGAGUCGCGUUACGGAAGCUUAAAUCAGUUUAACGUUGAGCGACAGAUCGGCAAAGGACAAUUUAGCGUCGUUUAUAGAGCACGUAGUAAAGUGGACGGAUCAGUCGUUGCCUUGAAAAAAGUGCAAAUCUUCGAGAUGAUGGACGCAAAGGCUCGCCUUGAUUGUAUGAAAGAAAUCAAACUGUUGCAGCAAUUGGACCAUCCAAAUAUCAUCAAAUAUCUGGGAUCUUUUAUUGAAGACAAUGAGCUCAACAUUGUUCUAGAGCUUGCAGAUGCUGGGGAUCUUUCACGCAUGAUAAAACAUUUCCGUAAACACAGACGCCUCAUACCUGAAAGGACUAUAUGGAAAUAUUUUGUUCAGUUGUGUAGUGCUGUUGAGCAUAUGCACUCAAAACGCAUAAUGCACAGGGAUAUUAAACCAGCAAAUGUUUUCAUGACAUCACAAGGUGUUGUAAAACUUGGUGACUUGGGCCUCAGUAGAUUUUUCAGUUCCAAAACAACAGCUGCUCAUUCACUUGUUGGUACUCCUUAUUAUAUGAGUCCAGAAAGAAUGUAUGAACAAGGAUACAACUUUAAAAGUGAUAUUUGGUCCAUGGGAUGCCUCCUUUAUGAGCUGGCAGCCCUACAGUCACCAUUCUAUGGUGAAAAAAUGAAUCUCUAUACCUUGUGCAAAAAAAUUGAGAAAUGCUGUGUCCCACCUAUACCAUCUGACAUUUACUCGUUACAGCUGCGUGAACUUGUGGCUGUUUGUAUCAGACCUGAUCCUGAUGAACGGCCAGAUAUACAACAUGUUAAAAAUAUAGCUGAACAAAUGCAUUCUCAGCUGCAGGCAGCUGCAAGUGGAUAUUCAUCAGACCAACAGAAUUUAGCUUCCUGGCAAUGUUCAAGACCUUCAUCUUCUGACCAGUGACUGGUACUGAGAAACAAGAGAUGUACUUGGUUUUCCAGUAUUCUUCCCGUACCAAAGAAUAGAGGAACAUUUAAUUAUGGAGCCGUUUUAAUUAUUAUUGUUUUACAAAUUUAAAAACUGUCACAAUGUAUUCUUUUAAGAUAACUAGAUUCUCAUUUAUUAUUGACUGAAGUUAGAACAUAUCUGUACUGCAGUGAAGAGUCAAAUUUUAAAAAACUGGAUUAGUAUUCUCAUCAGAAUACCAUAUGAAAGAUAGUGGACUGUGUAUGCAAUUUUAACCCGAUCUCCCUACUUUGUAGAAAAUUUAAAGAGUAAUAUUCUGUGUUUUGUACUUUUUUGCAUACCAUUAAUUCUUUCUGUUAAAUAUGUCAUACAAGAUGUGACACAGUUCUGUGAUUUUUCAAUUCAGUUUUAUACAAGACAUUUAGUGCCAGCAAAACUAUAUUGAAGCACGCAGUUUUAAUUAUUAUGGGAA